AUGGGUUCCUCAGUAUCUAAAUCUCUUCCUGCUGCUGAACUUCUUCCUGCUUCUAAAUCUUAUUUGGUAGUCAAAGCGAAUCAAUUCAUAGAACAAAAGCAAGAUUAUGACUGGUUCAUGGCCAGCAAAGGUGGGACACACGGAAAAGAUGACUUUCAACGCCGAGUUGUACUCACUACUUUUCCAAGCAACGUAACUCAAGCAGCUUUCGAAGACUAUGUUGAGAAAAAAUUUUCUGAUCAAGAAGAAAAAAUGAAAAAUAAUAUCAAAGCUUUAUUCCACGCCAAUUUGGAUUCCGACACGGACAAACGUAUUACAUUCGAUUAUGGAACUGAUGGUCAAAUAUCAGCUGUCUUAACACAAAUUUUAUUUGAAAGACACCCUGAAAGCGGAGAAAUUAAAGUCAGCGUUGGGUAUGCUACUUGCAUACGGCAAGUAAAAGCCGGUUCGAAUUUACAGUAUAGUUACUGGCAAACUGAUGCCGACAGAGUUUCGAGAGCUUUGCAGUAUGUAUAUGGUGUCGAACUCAAACAAGAAUUAAUCCCGUUUUUAUAA